AUGUCGCUUUCUAUCUCCUCGCAAGUCGACAGAUUAAAGGAUGCUUUGGUAUCAGCCGCUUCAUCUGAAGCUCUUUGUAUGCUAAUACACUCACUCGACGAUAAUGAGGAGGCAAAACGUCGAAGAGAUGUUGAAAAGGAAGAACUUGCUGUUUCACAGCAAGAAUCAAGCAUCAUAGCCAAUGCUCACCACUCAUCCGCCCCCGAGGAUAACAUUAAUACGUUGAUUGACGAGUGGAUGAACAGUCGACUGGGCCAACUUUCGCUUCGCGACAACAAUCAUGUCGUGCUGGACACCUCUAAAUCAUCCAUUUUAAAGGAUAUUCCACUAUCUCUCGAAGGUGGCACCAGGUUUAGGUGUCUCCUCAAGCAGCCUCGCGAUUGUGAAGCAGCUUUUGGAGUCGAAAAUUUACAUCCUCUUGGUGGAUCCAUGGAGGCCAUGAAAAUUGCGCAAGCUGCCACACAAGCUAUGACUCCUUCGAUCGCGGUCAACCAUGCUAUUUGGGAGCAGUUUUCAGAAACAAUCAAGUAG